CUGACGCUAGUUCAGCACGACAACGUAACGCAGCCUACCGUCAGGGGUGAAUGAGCCUCGGGUGGGGGUCAAAGGCUCCAGUCCCAAUACGGGAAUGAGCCUCUUUGACCUUUUCCGGGGCUUUCUCGGCUUUUCUGGACCUCGGAGACACAGAGAUCCCUUUUUUGGAGGGAUAACUCGGGAUGAAGAUGAGGAUGAGGAAGAGGAAGAAGGAGCUACCUGGGGCCCUGGGAGCCCAAGGUUUGAAAGUCCCCAGUCCCAAGAAGAAUUUGACUUCAGCUUCAGCUUCAGCCCAGGAGGAGGGAUGCGUUUCCAUGAUAACUUCGGUUUUGAUGACUUAGUCCGGGAUUUCAGUAAUAUCUUCAGCGAGAUGGGGGCCUGGACCUUGCCUUCCCUCCCUUCUGAACUUCCAGGUUCUGAGACUGAAACACCUUGUGAGAGACAGCAGGAGGGACAGACACUUCGAGACUCAAUGCUUAAAUAUCCGGAUAGUCACCAGCCCAGGAUCUUUAGGGGGACCUUGGAGAGUGAUGCAAGAACUGAAUCCCCAAAACCAGAUCCUGACUGGGGCUCCCAGAGACCUUUUCAAAGGUUGGAUGAUAUGUGGCCUGGGAACCCCCACUCUAGAGCCAGAGAGGACAAUGACCUUGAUACCCAGGUUUCCCAGGAGGGCCUCGGCCCAGUUCUGCAGCCCCAACGCAAAUCGUAUUUCAAGAGUGUCUCUGUAACCAAGAUCACUAAGCCAGAUGGGACAGUGGAGGAGCGCCGGACUGUAGUGGACAGUGCAGGCAGGACACAGACCACAGUAACUCGUCAAGAUGCAGACAGCAAUCCUAGAAAUGAUCCAGAAUCAGCAACACCUCCAACCAUGGACGAUGCCUUUUCCAUCCUGGACUUAUUCCUAGGGCGUUGGUUCCGGUCCCGGUAGCCUUGUUAACCCUCAGAGGCCUUCAGGUUCUUUCCACCCCCACCCUUUGCUCUCUAUCAGUAAUCUUAACCGCUCCUCCUACCACCUCAAGGUCUGUGUGAAAGAGUGAUUGGGGGUGUGUGUCAGUGUGUCACUCACCUGAACUGACCAAUAAAACCUUUAUUUAUGCUA